CUGAGGGAAAACCACGCAAUGUUGAAAUUGGGUAUCUCCAAAAUAUAAAACAACUGGAGACUACAGAAUGGCAUUUUAUUAAACUCGCUACAGAAGGGCUAUAUUGUACUAGCAAAAGUGAAUAUCAGAUUAAUUUAUCCAAAACGGCAUUGAAGGAGGAUCUUGAAUCAAUCAGGAAGGGUGUUAAAGCAGUAAUUGGCAUAAUUGUGGGGUUAUUAAGGGAUAGGAUUACAAUGUGUGAUGAACAUGAAAAUAAGAAACUUCGAUUAUGA